UAGUUAUGACAGGGCAUAGCUAACGCGCGACUUUAAAACUGAAAAGCUGAGGCUCGCACCCCCCUCGGUGGACAUAAUUCAUUCCUAGUUACCUUCUUGAAAGUCGAAUACCAUGGAAGAACAGACAGCUGGGGAGCAAGUGGUCGGGAGCGAGAGCGCGCCUCCGAACGCCAUGUGGUCUGUGCUGGACUUCAGCGCCUCGCAGGAGCUAGGCUCCCUGCCACCAGAGAGCCAGUCGCAGCGGCCUCAGGCUCUGUCGCAGCGGCCUGAGGAAGCGGACAACCUUGCAGCGGCAACCUCGCCACAGGUUGCGGGCGCGACGGACAUGGAGGCCGAGCCUGCUUCCAGCGACGAGCCCGGCGCCGAUGCCGCACCCGCCAGCGACGAGCUGCCUAAGGAGGCGGAGGCGCGCGCUGCCACUCCCAACCACGGCGGCGAGCUGACACCUGUUUCUGCUGCUGCUGCCGCUGCUGCUGCUGAUGGUGAUUGUGGCGCUGUCGCCGCGGCUGCCGGCACCACCUUCAUUCUGCCCAUGACCCUGGAAACCCAGGCGGUGCAGGAGGAGGUGUCGCCGGAGCCGCAGCACCCCGAGACCGCGCCGGCGCCCUCACAGGAGGAGGCGGGGGGCGAGGAGGGCAAGGAGGCGCCGGAGGCGGAGCAGGAGGCAGAGCAGGAGGCGGAGGCUGCGCCAGCGGCAGCAGCCAGCCCUGAUGCCGAUGCCCAUAUGACUGACGCCGCGAAGCCGCCAGCUGCAAUCGCUGCGGCGCCGCCGCAGCAGCAGCAACAGGAGCAGGAGCGGCAGGCGCAGCCGGCAGCAGGCGACAUGGAGCUUGAGGACGAACUGGAGGACGCCGACGUGGAGCCCGCGCCGACACCCGCCACAGCCCCCGCCGCCGCCGCCACCACCACUGGAGCCGACCGCGAGGACGGCGAGGACGCCGUUGGCGGUGGCCGCCGGCUGAAGCGGCUGCGCCGCGCCGCCACGCCGCCGCCGGAGGCGGCGGCGGAGCCGGCAGCCGCGCCGGCGCCGGCGACUGGCGGCAACGGCAAGGCCGCCACCGCAGGCCCGGAGGCGUCGCCGCCGCCCAAGUCGCCGCCGCCGCGGCAGUACCAGUACCCCGACCUCAGCGUCGACUCGCCCUCGCCCUCGCCGUCACCAGACCUGGUGGCGCGCGGCCACAAGACCGACGGCGCCGACGGCGCGGCGGCGGCUGCCGCGGCGCGGCGCGCGGCGGUGGCGGCGGUGGCGGCGGCGGGCGGCAAGGUGGUUCGCAAGAAGGUGGUGGUGCGCCGCGCGGCGGCGGAUGACGGCCUGGAUGACCUGAGCGGCGGCGAGGAGGGCGAGGGCAAGGAGGGCGGCAGCAAGAAGCGCAAGGGGGAGGAGGGAGAGGGAGAGGAAGAGGGGGCGCGGCGGCGGCGGCGCAGCGCAGCGGAGGGCGACGGUGACGGAGAGGGCGAGGACGGCGACAAGGCCAUCGGCGAGGACGGCAAGGACGGUGAGGAUGCCGAGGAGGCAGGGGCGGUGGCGGGCGCCGCGGACAAGGGCGCGGCGGCGGCAGGUGGUGGCGGCGAGGACGCGGAGGUGCUCAAGCAGCGCCAGCUGCGAGACGCCGCGCUGCGCGACCGCAUCGGCGGGCGGGCGGCCGCCGCGGAGGCGCCGGUGCGGCCGCUGAGCGACGUGCUUGGCAAGAUCAUGGCGCGGCAGAGGGGCCUGGUGGAGAGGGCCCGAGCCAACGCGCCCGUCUCGGACGACGCCCAACCGCCGCCCCAGCAGCAGCAGCCGGCGCGGCCCUCCUACAACGUCCGAGAGCUGCUGGAGACGCUGGCGCAGAGCAAGGCGGGGGCGCGCUCCACUGGCGGCGCCACAGCUGGUUGCGCUAGCGCUGGAGCUACAGCCGCUGCGGCGCCAGCGGCGGCGGCGGCGGUGGCUGUAGCUGCGCCCACGCAGGCGGAGCUGGAGCUGCGGCUGGGCGGCAGCGAGGAGCAGUCGGCAGUAGCAGGCACGGAGCAGGCGGCGGCGGCGGGGCGGUGCGGCAGCGGCGGGGAGGAGCUGCUACUGCCGGGUGGCGAGAGCGAGCUGGUCAUCACGGACUCACAGACGGAGCGGGAGCAGCAGAAGCUGCCGCCGCGCAGCCCCUUUGCGGCCAUCCGCACCCUCAAGCCCUACACGCCCGGAGGCACCAAGACCGCCGGCGGCGGCGCCGCCACGCCCGGCGCCGCCGCCGCCGCCAGGGCCGCCGCCGCGCUGGCGCCGCCGCCGGCUGACACGCAGGAUAUGCUGGUGUACGAGGAGAGCGCGACGCAGACAGAUUCCGGAUCCGGAUUUGGAUCCCAGCAGAACGGCGGCGGCGCCGGCGUGCGCACCACGCUCGUUCCAAUCGUGGAUCUGGCGCGCCGCGUGCCAUCGGUGCUGCCUGGAUCCGGAUUUGGAUCCGCCUCCGUGCCGGACAGCCAGGACCUGGUGCCUGCAUCUGGAACCGACGCGGCCCAAGCCGGCGCUGGCGGCGGCGGCGGCGGCGGCGGCGCCAAAUCCGAGGUGGAUCCGGACGAUGGCAUCUUGAUGGACAUUGAUGAAGAUGAUGACCUGAUCGUGGAACCGGAUCCAGAGGAGGAGGCGCGCCUGGCGGCGCUGGCGGCGGCGAAGCAGCAGCGCGCCGCCGACAGCAAGGCGGCGGCUGCGGCGGCGGCUGCCGGCAAGCAGGACGCAGGCGCCGGUGCUGCUGGUGCUCCUGCGACGGGUGGGGAGGCGGACGUGGAGGUGGAGGCGGAGGCGGAGGCUGUGAUGGAGGGGGGAGACGACGAGGAUGACGGCGAGGCCGAGGCGGAGUCCAGCGAGGAGGGCAGCGAGGACUCCGAGGAGGAGGCGGAGGAGGCGGAGGACGAGGACGAAGGCUCAGAACCGGGCGAGGAGGAGGAGGAGGGGCAGCAAGCAGCCGCCACCGGGAACGGCACUGCCGCCACUGGCGCUGCCGCUGCUGCAAGGGGCGAGGAGGCCGAGGAAGAGGAGGGAGAUGACGGCAGCGAGGGCGGCGAGGGCGAGGACGAGGAGGAGGAGGAGGGGGAGGCGGAGUUCGAGGUGGAUGAGGAGUUUGACAGCACGGAUGAGGAGGACGCAGUGGAACCCGAGGCGCUGAACUAUGAGGAGGAGGAGGCGGCCACCGCCGACGGCGCCCUCACACAACAGGCCGGCGGCGGCGGCGGCGGCGGCGGCGGCGGCGGCGCCGACGCGGCGGAGCGGCGGCGGCAGUUGACUGAGGUGCUGAUUGCGGCGGCCAAGGAGCGGCGGGCGGCUCAGCUGGCGGCGGCGCGGCGGCAGGCGGCGGCGGCCAAGGGCGCGGGUGCCUACUUUGUGGACAUGGAGGCGGAGCUCAGCGACGAGGAGGAGGGGCUGGCGGGUCUGGACGACCUGGAUGACGAGUACGACGGCGAGGACCUGGACGAGGGAGUGCUGGCCUCGCUGCUGGGCACGGCACGCGAGGGCGCCGCGGACGAGUCGCGGCGUGUGGAGCUGCACGGGGCCUGGGAGGCGGAGCGCGACGCGGCGGCGGUGCGGGAGCUGCUUGAGGCGGUGCGGCGCGGCUUCCGGCGCAGCAGGCGGCGCGGGCUGGGGCUGGAGGACGACGAGGACAUCACGGACUCGGACGCCCGGCGGCGGCGCGCACAGCUGUUCGCCUCCAGCGUGGGUGACGACGACGAGGCGCCCAUCAAGGUGGCGCGCGGGCACGGCCUGGAUCUGGAUCUGGCGCGCGAUGACGAUGACGACAACGCAGGAUCCGGAUCCAUGGAUCCGAAGGCGGCGGUGGCGGCUGCCGCCGCCGCCGCGGCGGCUGGAUCCACGGAGGCUGGCGCUGAUGGAUCCCAGCCGGCGGCGGUUGAUGGAUCGCAGCAGCAGGUGUCGCUGGCGGCGGCUGGAUCCGGAUCGCUGGGGAUCCGAUCUGGAUCUGGAGUUGGAACCGGCGCGGGGCUGCUGCGGCUGCGUGAUCCAGUGGAGGCCCGGCGGCUGCUGCGGGCGCAGUCGCAGGAGGCGGCGGCGCGGCAAGCCAAAUUGGCGGCGCAACACUCCAAGCUGCUGGGUGGUGGCGGCGGCGGCGACUCACCCCCGGACGCCAAAACCGCUCCCGCCGCACACACCGACGGGGCUGUUGUGGAGCUGCUGCAGCGGUCCGCCUCAGCCGCCGUCGGCGGCGGCGCCGGCGGCGCCCUGGCGGCGCAUGGCGCGGGCGCAGCUGCUGGCGGCGCCGCCGCGCCUGUGGCGGCAGGCCGGCCAGAGGCGGCGGCGGCGGCGGCGGCGGCGGCGGCCGGAGGGCACCGGUUCACCCUGUUUGGCUCCGACAUCACCAACCGCACGGCGCCGGACGCAAACCAGGGCUCCUUCCUGGGCCGCUCCGCCGCGCCCACCAGCCUGCGCACCACCUCCACCCUGGGCGGCGGCGGCGCCGGCGCCAACACGCGCUCCUUCAUCUUCGCCACAGACUCCAACUCGGCAUUCCCCGAGAAGUCCAAAGACGCAACAGCGGUCGCAGUGGCUGGCGGCGCGACGAAUGACGGCGGUGGAGAGGGCGCCGGCGGCGUGGGUAACGGAGGCGGCGCGGGCGCGUCUUUUGCGGGUCUGCGGUCGGUCAUUGGUGGGAGCGGUGGCGGUGUUGGGCAAGGGCUCUUGCCGCCGCGAGGGCCGGCGGCGGACGGCGCAGGCGCGAGGAAGGGCGGCGGCGGCGGCGGUGCAGGACUGAUGGGGCUGCUUGGGUUGGGCAGCGGUAAGGGCGGCGGCUCUGGGGCGGGAGGCGGCGGCGCCGGCGGCAGCGGGGCUGGGUCGGCUUUGGACCUGAAGCGGAAGUUGAUGAUGGGUGGUGGUGGUGGUGGUGGAGGGUUGCUGGGUGGUGAGGGGCCGGCAGCCAAGCGGCGAUGAGAGGGCGUGUCAGGUGUCGCCGUGUCAGCGGGUGUGGUGCAGGGGUUGAAAGGGAUGCACGGGUCGAGACGUAAGGGGCGGGGUCAAGGAGUGAUGAAGCCAACGAGGUUGGGGCCUUCGCGUGUGUGUACGGGCGGCGAUGCGGCGGACAUCAGCUUGCGGAAGAUGUCGGCGGGCGCGGUGCACAUACAGCAGCAGCGAUGGGUGGGAUGUGCAAUGUGUUCAUUAUUGCGAGUGUGUGAGUGUGUUAGAUGGUCAGUCGAGCCCGGGCGAUGGAGUCAGCCGAUCAGGGCGCGGAGGCUGUGGGUCGCGCUGCCAUAAACUUGUUCGUACUCCGUAGGUUGCGAAGGAGGGAGCACAUCCCCACAAUGAUAUCGACACUCGACAAUGUUGACUCGGUCUUAGCAAAGCCAGCAAGGCGCUGGUCGUUGACAUGCCUCCCCAACCCAUGCCUUGGUGAUAGUGAGCAAAGCAUGAGCAUUUACAAGGGUUCGAGU